AUGGCUGCCCCCAUAGACAAGUUGUUUUUGGAAAUUUGCAAUAAAUUCGGCAUAGUUUUAACCUUAAAGCAGAAACAAGCCAUAACUGGAUUAUUCAAUUUUAAGGAUGUUUUUGUUGGAACUAAAACUGGCAGUGGUAAGUCAAUGACUUACGAGUGUGCCCCAAUUUUAUUUGACAACGGCACAACGUUGAUCAUUGCGCCGUUAACAUCGAUCAUGAAAGAACAAGUUGAUCGCCUGAAAGGAUUAGGGUACAAAGCCAUACACAUCGGAACUGAAGAAGAUGACAUUCACGGAAUAAGAAAUGGUCACUAUCAUUUUGUAUUUGGAAGCCCAGAACUCCUUGUGGGGAACGAGAUGUGGCGAGACGUCAUAAAAAGUUCUUCUUUCCAAAACAACCAUCGACUAACGGUGGUCGACGAAGCCCAUACAGUUGUGCAAUGGGGCCAUGGCUCAGCACAAGAAAGCCCAUUCAGAGAGUGGUUUGCUCAUAUUGGUGAACUUCGGUCCUUAAGUUUAAAUGUUCCAGUACUGGCCUUGACAGCGACAGCAAGUCCAACAAACAGAAAAAAGAUCAUGAAAAGUCUUUGCUUCAAGAAAGACAGUAUUGUGAUUCUGGACAACCCUGAUCGCCAAAACAUUAAAAUUACUGUAAUCACAAUACCAAACAAUGAAGAUGAUGAAAAGCUAUUUCACUGGCUGAUUAAAGGAACUCAUGGGGAGUACAGAGCUCGUGAACAUGUACCAUAG